AUGCCGACGCUAGAAACCGUCAGUACAGAGGCGUUGGUGCAGCGCGGCAUCACGCUCUUUCGAAAGUGCUUUCCAAACUCUGGGGAACCAACUGUCGCGAGCGCCGCACCGGGCCGUGUGAACCUCAUUGGCGAGCACACGGACUACAACGAGGGCUUCGUGCUACCUAUGGCACUCGAGGACCGUGAAACCGUUUUUGUGGGAACCUCUUUCCUGGACUCAGGCUUUGGGUCCCUUCCAAGGGCACGCCUGGUUUCCGAGCUUUGUCCUGACCAGCCUGUGGAGUUCGCGCUUCGAAACAUAUCUCCAGGAGAGGCGUACGCUGGCCCGGCCUGGGCAAACUAUAUUCGAGGAAUGGUCGCUCAGUUUCUGGAGCGAUCUGUGCGGGUGCCGUCUUUUGACGCAGUCGUGGUGUCGGAGGUGCCGCUCGGAGGUGGAGUCUCGUCGUCCGCUGCGCUAGAGAUGGCGUGCGCGGUUUUUCUCCAGGAGAUAACAGGUGUUUCCCUCGACCCAGUGGAGCGUGCUCGCAUGGGUCAGCGGGUAGAGCAUUUAUAUGCCGGUGUGCCCAGCGGUAUCAUGGAUCAGCUGAUCUCCGCUGCAGGCGUCGCAGGUUCGGCGCUCCUGAUCGACUGCCGGACCUUGGAAACACGAGCGAUCCCUCUGGAUGACCCAGAGAUGGUUAUUGUUGUUGUGAAUAGCAACGUGAAGCAUUCUCUAGCGGACGGGGAGUAUGGGCGAAGGCGAAGAACAUGCGAGCAGGCGGCAGCGGCCUUGAAUGUCGCUUCACUGCGCGAUGCGACUAGAGAGCAGCUCGAGGCGAGUCGGACGCGAGGUAUUUUGGGUCCACCCGAAGAGAAAGUCUACGAGCGAGCGCUCCACGUGAUUGAGGAAAACAACAGGGUCCUGCAUGCUGUGAGCGCUCUCCAGGAGCGCGACUACGUGCGCUUCGGAAAACUCAUGUACGAGAGUCACGAGUCGCUUCGGACCAACUACCAAGUGAGUUGCGAUGAAAUCGAUGCUCUUGUGGAGAUAGCUCGCCAAGUGCCCGGAGUCUACGGCAGCCGCAUGACGGGAGGCGGUUUUGGCGGAUGCACGGUGACGCUUGUACGUGCGGACGCGGUAGCGAUGCUCCUUGAACGUAUUGAGGCACUUUAUCCGAAGCGCACUGGAAAGCAUCCGACUAGCUUCAUAAGCAAACCCGGUCCUGGUUCACGGCCGCUGGCGAUUGAACACUCCUAG